AUGCCAGGCGUCGUCGACACUCUCGCCGGCCCAGGCUGGCCAGGCCUGGGCUAUACGGUCGCACACCAGAAGGUGGAACUAGAGAUCGAUUUCACAAGCAGGAGUCUCAAGGGCAGGACUGAGAUCAUCAUUCAUCCGCAUUACAAGGACCUGCGCACCAUCCGGUUGAAUUUCAGACAGGGUGAGUUGAAGCGCUUGAAUGUCGGCGGCAAGGUCCCAACGGUAAAAUAUGUCGACCCUUACGAGUCGCUUCAACUAUACGGCCCUCAUUAUCACCAGCGUUUGUCAUCUAAAAUUGAGGGAUUGUUUAAAAAUUCUCUGGAACCCGAUCUGCUCCUGACGGUCCCGAAAAGCGUUCGCAUCGAUGAACUUGAUCCUUUCUCGAUUGAGGCUCAAGAUCAAAUGACCCUACGUGCGACUGGAACUGCCGAUGAAUCCGAGGGGCCUUUGAGUUCCAAAGCUCCCGAGACAUCUCUUCCACGCUUUACGGCCCUUACAGUGAAUAUCGAGUUUGUUAUCGACAACAUACGGGACGGGCUACAAUUUGUUGGAGUGGAAAGUGGCGACAGGCGCUAUCCACACGCUUACACGACGAAUUCGUUGGGAUACGGGGCUGGUUGUCCUCUCUUUCCGUGCGUAGAUGACCCAUCAUCGCGUUGCACUUGGGAAAUCUCGGUUAAAUGCCCCUGUUCUUUGGGGGAUAUAUUUGAACGCAAAUCCCGGGAAUCUAGUUCAACUGCGAAUCGUUCAAAGUCGACGUUAAACCAUGACCGCCAUUUUGCUCCUGAUGACGAGGCCCUCGAUUUGUCUGUAGUUUGCUCCGGGGAUCUGACCGAUGAGAUCAUUGACCCUAGGGACCCCGGCAAGAAAACGGUUUCAUUCGCGUGUUAUUCUCCUCUCUCUGCACGACAAAUUGGGUUUGCGGUGGGCCCUUUCGAAUAUGUUAACCUUGCGGACUUCCGUGAAAGUGACCAAGAUGAGCAAUUAGGUCAAAACGCCAUUCCUUUACAUGCAUUCUGUCUUCCGGGCCGAGGCGAUGAGGUUCGAAAUACUUGCUUCCCGAUGGCAAAGGCGAUCGAUUUUUUCUCAUUGACGUACGGAUCUUACCCAUUUGCUAGCUACAAGAUGUGUUUCGUGGAUGAUGCACCGGAGGAAACCAUGCCUACAGCCUGCCUCUCAAUCUGUAGCAAUCACUUGCUCUUCCCGGAAGAAAUAAUCGACCCGAUGUACGAUUCUACGCGUACCGUUACCCAUGCUCUUGCCUCUCAGUGGAUAGGUGUCAAUAUUGUUCCAAAGGAACCAGUAGAUACCUGGGUAACAACUGGUGUCUCUUGGUAUAUCACUGACACAUUCAUGAGGAAACUAUGUGGCAAUAAUGAGUAUCGAUUUCGGCUCAAGCAAAUGUCAGAUAGAGUCUGCGACCUGGACUAUGAACGCCCCUCGAUUCAUGAGAUGGGAAAUAUUCUUAACAUAGACCCGUCGGAAAUCGACUUCAUAGCACUGAAAGCGCCUCUUGUUCUCUUUAUCCUAGACCGGCGCCUUACUAAAGCUAGUGGAAAGGCCACAAUGUCUAGGAUUAUCUCUCGACUUUUCUUGAAUGCCCGUAUGGGGGAAAUCUCCAACGGAGCAGUUAACACCUCCCUCUUCCAGAAGACCUGUGAGAGACUAGGACACGCAAAACUGGAUGCCUUUUUUAGCCAGUGGGUUUUUGGCGCUGGAUGCCCCCGGUUCCAAGCCACCCAAAGAUUUAAUAAGAAAAAGUUGGUGGUUGAAAUGAUGAUCAAACAGGUUCAGUCAGAUCAGCCGAGCACUCGUGACCUGGAGAAAGGUUCUUUCAUGCGCGACGUGAAGGAGGAGAUACGAGGCGUUUAUGCAGGCGCUAUUCAGCCUAUCUUUACUGGUUCAAUGACGAUUAGGAUCCACGAAGCCGAUGGUACACCUUAUGAGCACAUUGUCGAGAUCAAAGAAGGCGUUACGAAAUUUGACAUUCCAUAUAACACGAAGUACAAACGGCUGAAACGGAAUAAGAGACAAAAAGAGCGUGCAGCAGCAGCUACAGGCGGUGACGGCAACGCAGAAGUCCAGGAGGACGUCCUGUUAUACUGUCUAGGUGAUGUCCUGCAGACCGAGGAAGAGGUACAAGAAUGGAAACUUGCGGAUUGGACCAAAGAGGACGAGGAAAGAAUGGGCCAGGAAUCUUACGAGUGGAUUCGCAUGGACGCUGAUUUCGAGUGGAUAUGCAAGUUAUCCCUGGUGAUGCCUGGCUACAUGUACCUUUCACAACUCCAGCAAGACCGUGAUGUCGUAGCCCAGUUAGAGUCUCUGCAAUAUAUGGCUGCUCAAAGGGAGCACCCUUUGAUCUCAACGAUCUUUGUGCGGACUCUCAUGGAUCGACGAUAUUUCUAUGGCAUCCGAGCGGCUGCCGCACAAGCUUUGGUGAAACAUGCAAAGGAAGAAGUCAACUGGCUGGGGUUGUUUCAUCUUGAAAGAGCCUUCCAAGAGCUGUUUUGUUUGCCAGGCUCUCCCAUGACUCGAUCGAAUGACUUCUCAGACAGGGCAGCGUAUGUUCUGCAAUUAGUUAUCCCAGAGGCCAUCUCCCAAGUGCGCGACAACGGCGGCAAGACCCCAAUGAGGGUAAAGCGAUUUCUCUAUGACAAGCUCAAAUUCAACGAUAACUCCAAUAACGAGUAUUCGGAUAACUUUUAUGUCGCAACAUUAAUGAAGUCCUUGUGCCACGCAAUGCUAGGAAGAGUUGAGUCUCGUUCGGACGACCUCGAUGACUUUGACAUGGACCGAGUUCUUGAGACUCAGGCUGAAGAACAGCUUGAGAAAAACGCGGUGGCUGAAAUCGACCGAUACAGGAGAAUGGACGAAUGGUCUAGCUCAUUUCAGAACGUGUACUCUCGCGCGGCUUUGCAUUGCCAGAUGCAGCUCAUGCAAGCUAAGAUUUCCGAGGUUGAUGUGAUGCAGUUCCUGCCCUAUACCAGAGCAGGCACCUACGACCUUCUACGUUUAGAUGCUUUCGAGUGUUUAGUUGAGCUUGAUGUAUUCAAAGGCCCCGAGCUGCUAAAGUGGUUCAUCUUUACCAUGUCGAAUGACUCCUCUCAGUGGCUACGUCGGCAGCUUCACAACCUCUUCGGAAAGGCGCUCGCCCCUGUGGCAUUCGGUCGCGCCUCAACCCAUGAACUGUCUACCGAGGCCGAUGGCUUGAUUAUUGAGCAAGAAUCCACCACGGAGGUUCGUCAAGCGGAUCUCGCCCGAAGGCAAACCGUCACCGGAGCCUUGGCUGCUCUAAAAACCGAAAUCUCUGGGGAUCAAGCGUUCAAGGAGUCUCUUUGGGCAGCAUGUAAUUCUCCUUGUAUCGGAAUCCUAGAGCUCUCUGAAUUCACAGAUCUAUGCAAAGUAUUAUACGACCCGAUAACUUCCCGGCCGGUAUCACUGAAAUAUCCACGAUACUGGGGAGUCAAACAUCUUGGAAAGGGUCGCUUGCAUUUCUUUCGCACUCCUAAAAUCCGCACAUCACUUACUCCAUCUAAAGAUUCAUCUACAUCAUCAGCAAAGCGGAAACGAGAAGACCAGGGAAUCCCAACCCCUGGUCCUCGCAUCACAUUCAAACAAUCAAAACUGGCUCCGAGUACCCCAUUAAAUACUCAGCACCUAAGCCUACCGCAAGUCCCCAAAUUGCAUAUCCCGAAGUUCUCUGCUUCUACAUCACAACAACCACCCAAGACCACGACUGCACCAUCUACACCAGCGACUCCUGGAGGUGGUGGGCUCAAGCUCAAAUUGAAGAUUGGUCAAAAGCCUAAACCUUAA